AUGGCGGUGAUCACCUUCACGCCGCUGUACGGCGUGCACUCGAGCGCACCGUGCUGCGCGUACCUGCUGGAGGUGGACGAGGUGUGUAUCCUGCUGGACUGCGGCUGGACGGACGAGUACGACGUGGAGCUGCUCAAGCCGCUGCAGCGCGUGGUGGACCGCAUCGACCUGGUGCUGGUCUCGCACUUGGACCUGGCGCACAUGGGGGCGCUGCCCUACGCCAUGGGCAAGCUGGGGCUCAACGCGCCCGUCUACGGCACGCUGCCGGUGCACCGCAUGGGGCAGAUCGCGCUGUACGACGCGUUCCAGGCCAAGACCAAGCACGACAGCGACUUCUCGCUCUUCUCGCUGGACGACGUGGACCUCGUCUUCGAGCGCUUCAAGCAGCUCAAGUACUCGGAGAAGCUCACGCUCACGAGCAGCGGAGAGGGGAUCGUCAUCACGCCCCAUGUGGCCGGUCACCUCAUUGGCGGCGCGCUCUGGAGGAUCAUGAAGGAGACGGAUGACAUCAUCUACGCAGUUGACUACAACCACCGCUCGGAGCACGUGCUGCAGAAGACGAUCCUGGACUCGUUCACGCGCCCGACGCUGCUUAUCACAGACUCAAUGAACCUCCACGCAGAGCAGCCCAAGCUCAAGGACCGAGACAGCAAGGCAGGUUCCUGA